AUGGUUGCUUCCCCCCAGAAGCGUCCUGCUAGUGACUCAGCUGGCAGACACACAUGGGAAAGAGUCAUAAAGCUCGAGAAGAGGGCUCAACUGGCACUACAAAUCCCCGCCAAGAGCAACUGGCACGCUGCCCGCGACACCAAGGAACUUUUACGGAGUUCGAGGCUCACCCCACGCCGACUCGAGGGUUUGGCAAACAGGGGUGGCAUGUGCAUGUGUUGUGUGCCUUGUGCCUUGUGUCACCUGUGCAGGUCUGAGCACCGCGCAUGGCAAACCUAUGGGGUGUGUAAGGAGCUGGGAUUGAUGCAGAGACCAUGGCUGCGAGCAGUUGCUCCCGCAGAUGGCUCCUCCAGUGGCGCUGUCACUUCGAAAACAAGGUUGGCUGCGGAUGCUGCGUCUGCGCAUCCCAUCGAUAGUCGGAGGAGCACCAGCAGCAAGGCAGACAGCACUGCGUCUGCUCCUGGCGUCUUCACCACUGUCAGCAGCAGCAGCGGCGGAGACGGGGAGGCAAACAACUCCGAGGAUGAGGAAAGCAGCGUGGCUUCAUGCGCUGAAGGAGAAGGCCGCUUGAACGAGGGGCAUCGCACCACUGGCAGGCUGGCGUCUGAAGAAGGUCGAGCUGUGCCUGCUGCUGCCUCUUCUCUCUUGCGAUUUCCUCGAAUCUUUCCAGGCUACCACUUUCCACCACAGCCUUCGGCCGUUCCCACAGCCUUCUUCCGAAGGCCUGCACCGCAAGGCAGCAAAACAUCCAAUGUUGCGGAGACAGUGCCCCCCCUCGUCGUUCCCCGCUCGAGAAUUCAGCUACUGCAAUGCAUGAUUGCCGAUACGGCAGCGGGGCUACUUUACCCGCCUACGGUACCAGGCGGCCUUGGUGUGGCGUCGGCUGCUGCAGCAGCAGCAGCAGCGGGAGCACAGAGCUGCAACUUGCAUACAGAACGCUUGGAGACGUUUGAAGGCUGUGGAGGAGCUUCUCAAGAGACGGACGAUCCGGGAUCUGGCCUUGCGAAGGGAGAAAGCGGCGAUCAAAAUUCAAGCUCUUUGGAGGAUGCACGCUCAGCAUUUCGUUUUCCAGACGGAGCGCUUGGCCGUUGCUCUUUGCUCUGCCAUAGCAUAGUUUUAGCUGCUCUGGAGGCGCUUAGCGGCAAGGGUUUGUUGCUGCUACGCGGAGCAGGUGUCUGUCCCUUCGUAUGGUCUUGUGGUUUCUCUGCACAGACGCAGUGCUUAUUGGCAGUUCGCCGCUUAGCGGCAAUCGAAAUUCAAAAGGCGUGGAGAGGCGUCCUAGCGCGAAAGGUGUUAGAUGAGGAGUGGGAGGCAUGGGUAGUGAAGUGGGUGUGGGACAAACCGACGGCCAUUGUUGAGGUGAUUGGCGAUUUCUCUUCGCCUCCAUGGACAAAACGCCAUCUCAUGUCGUAUUGCCAUAUCCGCGAGUGCUUUGUGCUGUCGCUUCCACGUCGCCCUGGUCGGCAUGAACUCAAGUUCAUUGUAAAUGGCCGCUACGUGUGCGAUGGCAGUCAGACUGUAAUUGCGGACGGCAGCGGCCACUUCAACAAUUUGAUUCGGGUUCGACCCGCUGCGCCUUCACAGCUUCGACUGAUCCGACAGCGGCUGGCUGCCCUAGACCAGAAGCGGCUCUCAAUGGAACGUUCUUUGUCUUCCCCAGCCAUUGGCAUGAUGGCGAAUCACACGGCUCCUGCUCCUUUGCAGCAGCCAGAAGGAGUCUUGGGGUCGUGUAGCGCUGAGUUUCCCAGAUCAGUGGUACUUCGUCUCCCCGAGGACGGACUUCCCGAGGGGCCCCCCCUCUCGGGGGAGGGGGGGCCCCCCCUCUCAGACGCUGCCAGGACGUGGAAUCUUGCCUCUGUCAGCGGGCGCUCAGACAGGCAGAGCAGCAGAACGGCCAGCAUUCUGUCCAACACCAGCUCCGCGACUGCUCCAGGCGAUGGAGGAGGACGGGGGGGUUCUCUCGAGUUGAAGAUCGCCAGUCAGACGGCAGGCUACAAGCUGGAGCGGAGCGAGAGAGACUCUCCUCCUGCCUUCAUUCGCCCGGAGGAGCAUCAUUGGGCUUCCAGUCUGCAUGACGAGCUUCAUUUCUUGGUGAGAAGGGAUGAAGUCUUGGCAGACCCCGGUGCGCAGCAAGACGCAGCGGUGGGGGCAGUGGGAUGUUCGGACGCUGCGCAAGACGGAGUGGGCUCGCACAGUUUCUGCUCACGAACGUCUUCCAAGAAGCAUGCAGAGGCGGCUUCAGACAGAGAGGCCCCCCUCUGUGUGCCUUCGGCGAGGGAGGCAGAUGGAAGGUUGGGGUUUCCAACAGUUCCGGCACCAUCAGCAGCACUAGCAUCUGCACCACAAAAAUACCCACCAUCCCUACCACAACCCCCAUUCUCGGCAGUUCCUCUUUUGGAAACGCAGGUAAACGGACGUCAGCGUCAAGCAGAGCAUGCGGGCGAGGCUGUAGAUGCUGCCAUGGCCGCAUCGCCCUCUGGAGCAGCUUUCCUCGCGCGAAGAAGAAUCCUUGACAUGGGAGUGGCAGACGGUGGAGCUGCUCGUGGUGGUCGGGGGGAGAGUUUGUCGGACGAGAACGCCGGUCGUGCCUCUGCACAGCGACAUCAGCAGAAAAAACAACAUCAAGGCCAAAAAAGACAUCCCCAAGCGGCAAAGGCUCAUCAACGCACAGGGAGAGAGGGGCCUCUUGACGAGAACCUCGGCUCGGGGGGGGGGGAUCGCUGCUCCGCUGCCAACGCCUUCGUAGCAGCCGAAUCAGCCCCCUUCAAGCGAGGAGGAGUGGCAGCAGAAGCGGACACACGCCGCAGAAGUGCAGAGGGCUCUAGAGAGCAUUUGGAUAGCAAGACGGAAGGCAGUCGGAAGCAUAGAGGGCGGGGUGGCCGACAGCGAGGCUCCGACAGUCGCGUCGCCAAGGAUCCCUCUGGAUUCAACUAG